AUGGUGAUUUGGUCACAAAGACAAAGAGCCGAUACGCUGUCCACUAAUGACACGGAAAAGACCAUUAAGAAGGAGAUGGACGUCAAUGUGAUCGACGGACUGAAGUGGUUGUAUGAGUCGCGAGUACUUCCACUGGAAAGGCAUUAUCUCUUCGACGAGUUUCAUUCGCCACCUCUGGAGGCGUCAUAUUUCGAGGCCAAGCCGUCCAUUCUGAUGGUCGGCCAGUACUCGACCGGUAAGACAACGUUCAUCAAGUACUUGCUGGAGAAGGAGUACCCGGGUAUGAGAAUAGGACCCGAGCCCACGACCGACCGGUUCAUAGCAGUCAUGCAUAACUCCAUCGAUGGCCUCAUUCCGGGCAACGCUCUCGUCAUUGAUGCCGACAAACAGUUCAGACAAUUAGCGAAGUUUGGGAACCCUUUCCUCAAUCGGCUGCAGAUCUCGGAAACGGAUAGUCAGGUGUUGGAGAGCCUGUCGUUCAUCGACACACCGGGCAUACUGUCGGGCGAGAAGCAGCGCACAGACAGGGGAUACGACUUCACGGGUGUCCUCCAGUGGUUCGCCGAACGGGUCGACCGGAUUGUCCUCAUGUUUGACGCCAACAAACUCGACAUUUCCGAUGAGAUGAAGAGUGCCAUCGAAGCCCUUCGUGGACACGACGACAAGAUGAGGAUAAUCCUCAACAAAGCCGAUAGUGUGACCCCAAACCAGUUGAUGCGAGUGUACGGCGCCCUCAUGUGGUCGUUGGCCAAAGUGCUGCGAAUGCCGGAAGCCGUGCGGGUAUACAUCGGCUCCUUCUGGGACCGACCCCUGGAGUACGACUACAAUCGGCGCCUCUUUGAAACCGAAGAGCAGGAGCUGUUCAACGAUCUCAUGACACUUCCCAAGAACGCGAGGCUCCGGCUGUUGAAUGAUUUGAUCAAAAGGACCCAAUCGGCCAAAGUUCAUGCACUGGUAGUCUCGGAGCUGAGGCGACACAUGCCUCUCGUGUUGAAUAAGAAGAACAAACAGAAAGAGCUGAUCCAACGGUUGGGCGCCAUAUACAAUGAUAUUAGGCACCGGUAUGGCGUCCCUAUCAGCGACUUCCCCGACGUCGAGUCAAUGCAACAGAAGCUCAAAGACGUUGAUUUCAAUCGCUUUCAUUCGUACAGUAAAACACUUUUCGCUCAAAUCGACCAAAUGAUGGCCAGAGAUGUGCCGAAACUGAUGGCGCAGAUCGUGUCCGAGCAGAUGAGCGCACCGGUAGACCAGUUGACAGUCAGAGGCGGAAGGUUUGAUGUGUUAAACAGAGAGCCCUUCGGUUACCUAAAGGGCGAGGGAAUGGACGCCGGGUCUGACGGCGCCGAUUGGAUCGUCUCAAAGGACCGACACAUCUAUGAUAAGGCGUUCGCAACGCUGUCUCCCAUUAACGGAAAGAUAUCUUCAGUGAGAGUGAAGGCAGAGAUGAUUAGAUCCAAACUUCCCACUAGUGUUCUCAGUAAGAUCUAUAGGCUGUCCGAUGUGGACGGGGAUGGGCUGCUGGACGGCGAUGAGUACGCGCUGGCCAUGCAUUUGAUGGCAAUCAAACUGGACGGAUACGAUCUGCCCCUUCAGUUGCCCACACAUCUCAUCCCACCGUCAAAAAGGGACACAAAACUGUAA